CUGAAAAGACCAAAACUAACCAACUAUAUUUGUUACUGAAGAGUCCAAGUAGGAAAGUUCUUUACAUGGUAAAUACAACGACGCUGAGACAACUGAAACUUGAAUCGGUCUUAUAAACAUUUAUCACAAGCGCUUAUUAUCAAAUUACUACGUAUUUCCGCUAACACGCAUGUUUGUUGCUUUACAAUGAAUGUGAUGAAAUGUCAGUAUUAAAUGAAUUACAGAAUGAUGAUGAUUUCGGAAACACUGUUGAAUUUUCAUCGUGCAAGCAAAAAUACUCAUCUACUCUGCUAUCAAGAUCAAAAGUAUCAUCAGAAAUAAAUGAAUCAUUAUCAUCAUCACAAAUGAUCAUAAGAAGAUCUAUCAAAAGAAAUGUUAAAAAGUAUAAUCAAUUAAGUGGUAACACACUAUCUAACUUAGAUUGGACUCAAAGUCCAAGUUCUUACAGUAGAGAAUUCUGCCACUUAUUCACGUACACAAUAACAUCUAAAGAUGACGUGAAAACGGAAAUAGAUUACGUCAGAAACUUGAUAAAUUUACAAUCUAUUAAUCCUGUCACAAACAUAUCUAAGUCGAAUACUUUACUUCCACGUUUAAUCAAUUACGCUAUUAAUGGACAAUUACGUGUAUGUCAUUUUCGAAGCAUUUGUUGGCGUAUAUUUCUUGACAUUCUACCCAAUGAUGUAAGUCAAUGGUCGAAACAAUUAAAAAAAGACAGAGAAUAUUUUGCCAUGUUAAAUUGUCGAAUUAAUAUUAAUCCAUAUAUUAAUCAAAUAAAAUCAGAUGAUCAUCCAUUAUCUUAUAGUAGAACGAGUUUGUGGAACAAAUAUUUCUACUCAUUAAAAGUAAAACGCAUAAUAGCAAAAGAUGUUAAUAGAACAUUUCCAAAAGUGGAAUAUUUUCAUAACCAAAAUAUACAUAACAUUAUGAUUGAUUUAUUAUAUAUUUAUACAGAACAUGAGAAUAUUUCCUAUCAACAAGGUAUGCAUGAAAUAUUAGCACCUUUAUUAUUCGUUUUGCAUUGUGAUCUAACUGCAUUUGAACAUGUUGUAGAAAUGAAAAUUAUAUCAUCUGAUUUAUGGAAUGAUUUAAAUUAUAUUAUGAAUAAGGAAUACUUUCAAGCUGAUGUUUAUAUGAUGUUUGCAAAAAUUAUGAACUCCGUCAAAAAUUGGUAUCCUCAAACAAAACUAACAACUCAUGAAAAAAGAAUAAGAAGACGUACAGUUAUAGGAUUACCAACAACAAUAUUAGUUUUAAAAUCAGAAGCAAAUGCAAACUCCAAUGACCCAGAACAAACUCCCAUGGUUACCAAUAAAACACAAGACAGUAUUGAUGAUAAUAAUAAUCUUAAAUAUUUUAAAAUUUACUACGAGAGCGAUAAUGACGAAUUAGACGGAGAGGAUCAUGAAGAAACUAAAAAUGACAGUGAGGGGGAUGAAAUCAUCGAAAAAUAUGAAAGACAGAAUAAAGAUCAAUUAAAACAACCUGACGGCGGAGAUCAACACACGUUUCACUUUGAUCAGGAAGAACAUUCUAAACAUAACUGUUCAGGAGAUUGUUUUGUAGAACAAAUACACAAACAAUUAUUAUUGAGACACAACCCAUUAUUAUAUAACCAUUUGAAAAAAUUAGAGAUAUCACCAAAAUUAUUUGGUUUAAAAUGGAUACGUUUACUAUUUGGUCAUGAAUUCCCCUUACAAGAUUUAUUAUAUAUAUGGGAUUGUAUAUUUGCCGUAAACAAUAAUUUAGCAUUUGUUCCUUACAUGUAUUUAAGUAUGCUGUUACGUUUAGGACCAACAUUAAUAAAAUAUGAGUUUGCAGAAUGUUUAACAUUAUUGAUGAAUUAUCCAGCUGGCAUGGAUGUAACGUAUUUAGUCUACAUGGCGUUACACUUGUAUAAACCACAUUCAUAUAACAAACCAUCAAAUGUAUACGACUAUCAUUCCAUCUUCCAUAGCAUUACUAUCGGUGACGACGACAAUAAUAAUAAUGUUACAAACAGCAAAAUCAAUGACAUACACGAUAAUACCAGUUGUAGUAGUAAAGAUAACCGUAAUUAUGAUGCAAAGACUACGAAUUAUGGCAAAAACGAUAGUGAUGCUGAGAAUAUUGACAAAAUCAACAUCAGUGCGAACAGCUACAGUGACAGCAGUAAUAACAUCAAAAAUAACCCAAUACCAUCUCUUCCAUCAUUAAGUAAUAAAAUAAAGUCUAAACUGAAGAAUACACCUUUUAGUAAUCUUGUAAACAAUUAUCGAAAAAAAUCCAACAUAAAUAAUCCUAUUACUAACACGGAUAUUAUAAAACGAAGCAAAACAUUUAAAAACAGUAAGCAAGUAAUGGGUAUACCAAGAGGUAGAUCAUUAGCCGAUUUAGCAAGUUUAAAAAAAUCAAUAUACAUCAAGUCAAAUGAAGAAAAUAUUCGACUUUCAGAUAUAAUGAUAUCAACUGAAAGCACAAACAAUAAUAAUUGAAUAGUUCAAUCAAGAUUUAGCUCAAUGUAUUUAAAUGUUGAAGGUAUUGAAGAUUAUGAUGAGGCUGGUGGUGAUAAGGCUGACAUCUUAGCAAAAUUAAAAGCUGAUAGUAAUCACCCUACAAGUUAUACACAAAUAUACCUAUCCAUAACAAAACUAAGAUGUUAAUACCAAAAGUUAUGUGAACAAAAUGGCUAUAACAAACAUUUUAUAAUUUGAACAAUGAAUCGAUUGAGUUUACUGAUUUAAAACCAAGUUGUACAAUAAAUUCAAUGUAUAAUGAAGCAAUAGGAAAGAAGGCUUGAAUAUUUAUCUAACCUGGACUGUUUAUCCAAACAACCACAUUUGAUCUUAUUUAUUUUCCACACAACCUAUGCACACAGAACUUCAACCUCACUGCUUCAUAUUACAGAUGCAUACAUCUUUCAUAUCCACAUUCUGACGCACAAAUGGUGACAGGUCAUACAAACUCAACCAAAAAUAACUUGAAAUUGACAUAUUCAGACCUGCUAUGAUUUUGAUUGUACAAAAAAUAUUUUGCAUUGUUUCCUUAGUACUAUUCCAACAUGUGAUGAUUGAAUCCGGUUAUUUAUUUACUCUGAAGAAGUGACUUACAUUAAGUCACGAAACGUAAGAAAUACAAAUCCCUACCUAUUGAGAAUAUAACAAAAAAUAUAUUUGUUAUUAGCUUUCCAUCCAAUGUUCAAUUUAUUUGAAACUAUCAAGUCCGACCUUGGCAUCGAUACCUACAAAAUCACAUAGUUAUUCAAUACUACAACCAUCAACCAAUUAACAUUCUUUAAGCAUCGACAUGACGAUAUUGAAGAAUUAUGUGGAUAACAAUACUGAUAACAGCAUAAAGUCAUCAUUAAUUAUGAGGAUAAAUAAUGCAAUCUAAUCUGAUGGCUAAUUCUUAUAUUUUUUUAAUGAAUUUACUUUUAUUUAUUCUACUAGCUACAAAUGUUAACGAAAAGGACUUCUCUUUUUUGAGAACUCCAUAUAAAAAAAUCUGAUUUAUAUAUUCAAUGCUUAUUACUUAUCAAUACAGUAAUACUACCAAUAAUGAUAACAAUUAUCAUGAUGACGAGAUAUUUUGAUUUGACCUUUACUGCAAUACCAAACUUCUAAGUUAAAACGAUGUAACCUAUUUCUUAUCUUCCACAUAACAUACUAAGUUUUCCAUUAUAUUAUUCAAUAAUACCAUUACGAAUAUUAACAAUUUAAUAUUCAAUGCAUUUGUAUGACCAUUUCUUAUGUUUCUACAAGUUAUUUCACAUAUAUACAAAAUGAAUCUAAAAUGAUGCUCGAUAAUUUAAUCAGAUCUCAUAAUCGUAUGGAUACGCCUUCUGAAACGAAGGAUUACGAACUUAGUUAUAAUAAACAAUUCAAGUGCUCAGAAUUUAAUGAUCUCACUGAAUUUGACAAAUUCUCUCAUACAUAAAAAAUAUACAUUGAAAUCAUAAUGAACCGUCUUGAGAACAAACAAUAUUAUCAUUAGGAAUUCAAAUACAUGGAGCACGAAUGGUGAAUUAGUCAAAAUGCUGAAUCAAAAUACUAUGCAAGUAAGGAAUUUCAAAUGAACAGAUCCUACUCUGUUUUGUACAUAACUAGCUGUUUAUUCCCACGUAAACAUUUUUGUAAGUAAACGCCAUUAUAGAAAUAUUUACUUGUUUUUCCUAGAUUUAUUUCAUAUAUGCAGACUAUUAUUUUGAUAAAUGAACAAACUGCCUAUAAACGGUAUAUGGUCUUGUAUUCAUUAUUACCAUAUGUAGACUACCUUUUUUCAAUUUAAAAACAUUGUAAGUAAAGAGCCAUUACUUUACUAAUUUCACUUAAGGAUAGAAGUAUAAACUUAUUGUAAAUAUGAAGUGUAUAAAUCAUUUAACAUAGAAAGAGUAUUUUUAUCAU